UCUUCUUUCCUUGAUUCCACCACCACGUGCUUAGCUUAUCUACCAUCUGCCUAUAAUCUUGUGUUUUCUUAUUAAUGGCCGGAGCUUUCAGCGGUCACCUUUUGGAUUCAUACAAUACGACAAUGCAGCGGCCAGCACCAGGAUUCGGCCAGCCUCAGUCAAGGGUUAUUACCAGCGGCACGAUGUCGUUCGAUGCUUCGAUGCAUGGCAGCUUGGGAUCAGCCAACUCUUUCUCUGAUCACUCACUCCCUACGGAUAUGUCCGACGAUACGGCCAUCAAGAUCGCCACGCUACAGGCUAAGCUAAACAAGAAACUUGGGCCGGAGUACAUCUCACAGAGACCUGGUCCUGGAGGUGGACCUAAACUCACGUAUGCGGAAGGGUGGAAAAUCAUUAACAUUGCAAACGAGGUGUUUGGGUUCAAUGGAUGGAGUUCUCAAAUUGUCAAUAUGACUACCGACUACAUGGACUAUAAUGAGGAGUCCAAGAGGUGUAACGUCGGUGUUUCUUGCAUCGUCCGUGUCACCCUCAGCUAUGGUGUGUUUCACGAAGAUGUGGGAUAUGGGGCAGCAGAGAAUGCGAAGGGCAAAGCUCAGGCUAUUGACAAGAGCAAGAAGGAAGCUGUGACUGAUGCAUUGAAACGAGCACUCCGCAACUUCGGAUCGCUCCUUGGAAAUUGUUUAUAUGACAAGUCAUAUACCCAAGAGAUCACAAAGAUUAAAGUCCCACCUGCAAAAUUUGUCAAGUCCGAGCUAUAUCGUCGUCCAGAAUUUGAUGACACAAAACCUAACAUAGCAGGCAAUAUUUCAGUGGCUGCACCUACUUCAGUACAGGCAGCACCACAAACGUCUGCGAUUGCUCCAGAUGCGAAAACGAACAACGUUGUGGUCAAGUCAGAGCCACCUCAGGGUGCAGAGGCCCCGAUUACAUAUAUCCCCCGACACUUACGACAGGAAAUGGCUUCUGCUGCAAGUGGUUCCACAAGCGCUACCCCAAGCCGUAAUGACCGAGCAUCUGGGAAUGGUCACGGCACUGCCAACGGCCUGAAUACUCCUAUCCAUACACCAGUCCAACGAACGGGGAAUGCGAAUCGCGGGCAGUAUAGGCAAACCGCCCCAUCACUACUUGUUCAGCCUGAGCAACGACGUGUGUCUUUUACUGAACCUGCUGCAGAACCGCCGCCAGUGGACGAGGUCGAGCUACCAGUGGCUGAUGAGACGUCAUACAGUAUUGACUCAGAAGACGACGAAUUCUACGCCAACGUUGACCUCGGGGAUGGUGAUUUGGGGAGACCGAUCAACUUCGAAGAGGGCAUGGGCGGAGAGAGUGUUUCGGACGUGACUUUUGACCAGGGGGAAGCCGCUACAUCUGGGAAUCCUCGAGAACCCUCAAAGGCUCCCCAGGGAAAUUCGGUACAUGGACGGGAGAUCUCUAGCUCUGGAAGAGGCGAAGUGACUGCUCCAGGAGGUCCUCGUUUUUCUCACUCGAACGCGCCGCGUUUCCAACCUGGUCCACCGGCUGCAAACACAGUACGUCAUGGACUCGAUGAUGCAGGAGGUACAUCUCCAGUGCCUCCGAGAACACACGAAUCAAGCUCUUCCAGUGCAUCAGCUUCCUCUUCAGAAGCUAGGCGUGGCACGCCAUCCAUCGGAGGGUUCCAUUUUCCUCCGGGCAUGAAUCUGGCUGCACAACAGUCCAAACCAACGGGGCCACCUCAACCUCCAAACUGGACGACGGGUUCUACUUCCAGCUCGUCCAACAUUUCGGGCCUGAAACGUAAAGCCGACACCAUCCAAGCCUCUUCAUCGUCAUCCAGGCCUUUGCAAGGCCUUGGCCUCGCUCAGCAACAACAAUCGGUCGCUGGAAACCCUAACGGAACUCGAAGACCUCUGGCAAACCUUGAUGACAGCGCCGGCAGUGAUAUGAAACGACAAAAACGCUAGUAUUCGCCCCUGUGUCCCAGAAGGAGUUUUUCACCACGUCUUACUUAUGUCCCCCUUGUUUCAAGCAUGUUUUCACGGACUUUUUAUUCUAUGCCGUCUGUCAUUGUACAGCUACUCUGCACUUCGUUUCCGAUUCUUUGCAUUAUUUUCAUCCCAAUCACACGCAUGCAUCCUAAUACAAUGUUCUUAUAUGGCACAGAGGGUCUCUUGUCUCCCAAUCACGAAUUUUGAUCCCGAGUUUGCUGGUUACUGUUUUCUUGGUCUUGUUCCUGCGAGUUUCCGGGAGAUGGUGCGUCAAACUGCAACUUCCACACCGGUAGCAGUCAGCUUCUAUGUAUUGCUGUUGAAUUGCAACCUGCACUUGAGCACAGCACACUGCAUUCAGCCGGGGGAGCAAACAGGUUGAUCAAUCGUAGGCGACGACAAACAAUCAUGUCUGCCGAGUCACAGCAGUACUUAUUGAGUGUCAAGUAUUAACCCACACUAG